GUAAAUGCAUUAAUUUUGCUUUGCGGGCUCUAAAAUUUUGGAAAAUUGUAUUACAAGUCUGUUGAUAUACUUUUUUUUUCUUCAAAAAAAUAGGGUUUGUAUGGCAAUGAUUGGUAUGUUCUACAAGCCUCUAGAGCUGUAAACCAAGCUAUAGGUCGUGUCAUAAGACAUAAAGAUGAUUUUGGUGCUAUAUUAUUAUGUGAUAAUAGGUUCAAAGACAAACGCAUACAGUCUCAACUGUCUAAGUGGAUUCAAGGAAAAAUCCAUGUUUUUGACACAUUUGGUCCUGCAUUAAAACAACUGUCCAGUUUUUUCAAAUCAUUAGAUCAACAACCUAGAAAACCCAAGCAUGAUAGUAAAAUGAAAGGAUUUCAGCUUGCCACUGGUAUUUUCAAUUCUAGCUUACUUAAAAAUUCUGGAAGAGAUCCUAAAAUUUCCUUAGCUAAGCAGAAUAUUGACAGAGUUCCUGAAGAAAAUCUUUUUGAAAGUUAUAGGUUAACUUCAAAAGCAGGAACAUCAGCCACUACAAAUAAAACUGGUAGUAUAUUUGAUGCUAUGGAUUAUCAAAGCCAAAAUGAAUCUUCAGGACAAGCCUUUAGACCAAGUCCUUUGAUAAGUUCUGCACCCUCAUGUUCUAACCAUGUUCUUGUAAGUAUUUUUUUUAAAAUAUAA